AUGGUCCAGACACGUAGUCAAACCGAAAAGAACAUUAGGAAAGAUGUGAUUAAUAAUUCAGAGGAGCGGCACAACCGAGAGACUGACCAUGAUUUAGGGGGAAGCAAUCAUCGCGCAAAGAGGCAAAAAGUCGUUAUGACAGAGACAGCCUCGCCGAAUUCAGAGAAACAAGAAGUUUCUUUUAACAAUAAGAAUAAGAAUAAUAUAGUUCAUCCAGAAUUAUCUUCAUCGAGUUCUGUAACGGUUGGUCUGGAAGCUCGACGACAUACUGUUAAAGAUACUAUUAAUGAUAACAAUGUUUCUACAAUUCACAACGCCAACUUUGGAAGUGGAUUUACUGUAGAUGUUUCUACUGAAAGCUUUAGUUUUGGUGUUAGUAGCAAUAGUGGCGGUGGUGGCUUUAUAGUGGAACAAGACGCUUCGUCUGCAAAUUCACUUCAAACAAGCAUAGUAUCAAAGUACUUUGCCGGUUCUACAAAAACUGUGUCUUCAUUAAGACCUGAACAACGUACUCGUAUGGAACAAUCAGAAUUAAUAACAAAUGAGGGUGGUAUCAGUAAUAAAAAUAAUUCGAACAAUGAUUCAAAUGCAUCAGCAUCACAAAAUCCCGAAACACAAGAUCUUCCUCCUCUUAAGCCUCUCAAGAAAUUCCAAAACUAUGUCGACUACGAUUUUUCAAAGAUGCGAGAUUCACGCGACCCACGAAACUUUUUGAGCAUGGACAUGGAAAAAAAUCCCAAAUGCAACGAAUGCGAUAAAUCGAUCGAUCUCGAUUUUAAAUUUUCGAAAAUUUUCGGGGUUCAAGUGUGUUUCGCGUGCAAGAACAAGUUUCCGGAAAAGUACAGUCUUCUAACGAAGACGGAAGUAAAAGAAGACUACUUACUAACUGAUGCUGAACUUCGUGACGAAGAACUGUUGCCUCAUUGGUUGAAACCGAAUCCGCAUAAGUCAACGUGGAACUCGAUGAUGUUGUUUCUUCGGAUGCAAGUUGAGGCGUUUGCGUUUAAAAAGUGGGGCGGGGAGGAUGGUCUCGAUCGAGAAUAUCAACGUCGACAAUUGGAGAAGCAAAAACAAAAGGAGAAAAAAUUCAAGACAAAGAUUGCCAAUUUGAGAAAACGUACUCGUACCGACGAGGCGGAAAAGAGUCGGCAGCGAUCGCAUACACACGAGUUUGGUCCGGCUGUGUUGAUUCCUGAAACUGGUGUGUCUGUGCAGACUUGUGAUUCUUGUGGUAUAAAAAUAGAAGUUGUCGAGUUUUGA